AUGGCUGUCUCGCUAAACACCGAGGCGGAUGGACAUAUGGGGUCUUCGUUUGAUGAGUCUACUUCAGCACGCGGACAGGUUAACUGUUCAGAGCCAGUAACGGAUUUAUCCGGCGGUAUGCAGUGGACGUCUGCUGCUGCUGGGAUCACCAAAGCUGUACCGGCCUACAAGCAGACCAGUACAAAAUGCUAUCAUCCGGCGUGCACUUCCAUUUUGGCUGUGCUGAAUGCUGUGCUCAGAGAUCGACGCGCCAGGCUAUCACCGGUGCUAAACUUACAGCGCUGGCUUCAAGGUGGCAUUGCUGGCUAUCCUCAUAAGCCGAUCAAAGUGAAGAAAAAUAUGGUGCGGAAACAGCAAAAGCCCUCUGCUAAACCCAGAGAAUUAGUUGCCACGGCAUCGGAAAAGAUGCCGACUUUGACAGUCGUAAAGACGUCUGACGAUUGUACACAGGAGAACCUUCCAAAGAUGCUGACCGUCUCGGCCGCCAUUGAACCAGCCUGUUCUGACGAAAUGCUGGCAACUGCUCAAUGCGAUACAAAGUCAACGGCCCCUGCUCCAGUGAACCAGAAGAAGAAGCGGACUAGAUCUGCUCGUAAAACUUCGAUGGGGCUUGAAGACACAGGAAUUAGUAAUACGCCGGCCAUAGAACGAAAAUCCGCUGCCGUUGCUUCGACGUCGUUUUUGAAGACAGAGACAGUCCCACUGCCGGUGGUGAAAACAGCCAGUAUAAGUGUCGAAUCCAAAGCACGUGGGGUAAACACACCCCGUCGUGCCGACUCUUUCACGGAUGGUAGCGUUAGAUUCCGUAAUGUUACUCAAGCUGCGGCUGCUCUCGCAAAGGAACGCUUCUUGAAUGACACAAAGUGGCUCAAGAUAACCCACCCUGGUGGUGCACGACCCAGGGAUGCUCGUGCCGACUUUCUUGAGGUAGUGCCUAGCAGCGUACGCAGCCUAAGGAGCAAGGUGCACGAGUUGGGUCUACUUGUAGGCAAGUCUCGUCCAGACAUACUUGCUUUCACUGCAACGUGGUUGUCUCCGGAUAGCACGGACGGUGAGGUAUGUUUACCUGGCUACGAGCUGCUUAGCACCGAUUGCUCCGCUGGUCGCCAAGGCCGAGCCGUUGUACUGUAUGUGACCCGUAACUUAGAUGUUUUGAGGACCAGCACAGUACGGUCGGCAGCUCAAACUGUUAAAACCCUAUCGGCUGGUUUGUGCACUUCUUCUACCCAGUUUACCGUUAUAGUUAUAUACAGGGGUCCUGAAAUUUCUUCUAGGGAGAUACUUGAAUUUAAUCGCACUCCGAUCGCGCAUAAGCGUUUAGUUCUAACGGAUUUCAACCUCACGGAAGUCUAUUGGACCCAGCCUACUUGCAAUUCGGCUUCAGGAACAUUCGGUGCAGACUUUCUUGAGCUGUCUCCCGACGUGCCUUCGCACCAGGCCGUGGACUUAUCUACUAGGUCUAUGGACAAUCAAAUACCAUGUACUUUAGAUCUGGUGUUCGCCAAGUCCCUGUACCUCGUAACUGACAUUCCAUGCCGUGCACUUCUAUGGUUCAGCAAACAUGCAUGCAUGUUCUUUCGGUGUGCUCUUAAAAGGCACCAACCCAAUACUGUGGAAUUACUUCCGAAUAUUCGGCGGGCGGACUUUAGUUCAAUGCGGGCCAAGGCUUCCUUUCUGAACUGUGAGAUCUCCAUGGCCGACUCUGUCCAUUUAGGCUUGGAUCAAUUUAAAGCAUACAUUGCGGAGUUUCUACUCCCUAUCUCCCACCCAUAA